UGGUCAACCGCAGUAAUGUCGCCCAUUCAGACACUCUUGAUCUCCGUUUGCUUGGGAUUUGUGACCCAAAUAUCGGGUCAAACAGCCAUCGAUUGCCAAAGGCCACCGCAACUUGUGGAUCCAGCUCUUUGUUGCAAGGACGGCGGUCGUGACCAGUUGGUGGACCAGUGCGCCCAACGGAUUUUGGGAGCAGCCAAGACAACCGGCGGACCGCCUUCUAUAGACUCUGCUGCUUGCCUGGCCGAGUGCAUACUCAAAUCUUCCAAGUACCUCGAGGAUCCUCAGAAGCUCAACUUAAACAACAUACGCAGCGAUCUCUCUGCCAAGUUCUCCAACGACAGCGUUUAUGUGGAGGCCAUGACCAUGGCUUUUUCCAAGUGUGAGCCCCAAUCUCAACGUAGAUUGGCAAUGAUUCUGCAGCAGCAGCAGCAGCAACAGCAGCAGGCUCAGCAGCAGAAUCAGCAAGCGUCGCAGCAACGCUGCAGUCCCUUCUCCGCCAUAGUUCUGGGCUGCACCUACAUGGAGUAUUUUAAGAAUUGUCCAGAGCACCGUUGGACACAGAAUGCCCAGUGUGCGCUAGCCAAAGCAUAUGUAACGCAGUGCGGCUUGGGGGCUUAAUUGUAAA